GUGGAAUGAAGAAAUAGCUUUAGAAAAUUCUAAAAAGAAGAUGAAGAAUAAACAUAAAGACGAACAAGGUUGGCAAACAUCGGCAUUUUCGGAAGGAGAAAUAAAUUUGAUGAAUGGAUUAAAUUAG